AGUGAGCCUAAUGAAUGUGGGAAACCUGUCUUUCUAAGCCCAACCAUCAGUUCCCAUCAGAAAAUUAUUAUUGGAGAGAAAACUCGUAAAUAUAAUCAAUCUGGGAAGGCUUCCUCCAAAACCAUAGAAUUAAAUGAAAUUCAGCGAGUUCACAAAGGAGAGACACCUUCUAAAUAUAGUGAACAUGGGAAACCUUUCAACCACAACUCAUCCCUUCCUUCCCAUCAAAAAUUUCACCCUGCGAAGAAGUCUUAUGAAUUUUUGAAGUCCUUCCUCCAAGGUUCACAGCUUCCUCAUCACCAGAAAAUUCAUAACGGAGAAAAGCAUGUUGAAUGUAAUGAAUGUGGGAAGACCUUCAGCCAGAGAGGAUACCUUCCUGGACAUCAGAGAAUUCAUACUGGAGAGAAGCCUUAUGACUGUAAGGAAUGUGGGAAGGCCUUCCGCUUAAGAGAACACCUUACUCGACAUCAGAGGAUUCAUACUGGAGAGAAACCUCACAAAUGUAAUGAAUGUAGGAAGGCCUUCCACCUCAGCACAGAUCUCACUCGACAUCAGAUGAUUCACACUGGAGAGAAACCUCAUAAAUGUAAUGAAUGUGGAAAGGCCUUUAGCCAGAGAGGACAUCUUACCGUACAUCGGACAAUUCAUACUGGGGAAAAACCUUAUGAAUGUAAUGACUGUGGGAAGGUAUUUCGCCUCAGAGGUCUUCUCACUAAACAUCAGACAAUCCACACUGGAGAGAAGCCUUAUGAAUGUCAGGAAUGUGGGAAGGCAUUCCAUCUGAGAGAACAGCUUACUCGACAUCAAGGUAUUCAUACUGGAGAGAAGCCUUAUGAAUGUAAGGAAUGUGGGAAGGCCUUCCUACUGAGUACAGAUCUUACUCGACAUCAGAGGAUCCAUACUGGAGAGAAACCUUAUGAAUGUAAUGAAUGUGGCAAAGCCUUCCACCAGAGAGAAUACCUUACUCGACACCAGAGGAUCCAUACUGGGGAGAAACCUUAUGAAUGUAAUGAAUGUGGGAAGGCCUUCUGCCUGAGAGAGCAGUUUACUCGACACCAAAGGAUUCAUACUGGAGAGAAACCUUAUGAAUGCAAAGAAUGUGGAAAGUCCUUUCGCCUAAGAGAACUCCUUACUCUACACCAAAGGAUUCAUACUGGAGAGAAACCUCAUAAAUGUAAUGAAUGUGGAAAGGCAUUUAGCCAGAGAGGACAUCUUACCGUACAUCAGACAAUUCAUACUGGGGAAAAACCUUAUGAGUGUAAUGACUGUGGGAAGGUAUUUCGCCUGAGAGGACUUCUUACUAAACAUCAGAUAAUUCAUACUGGAGAAAAACCUUAUGAAUGUAAUGAAUGUGGGAAGGCCUUUAGCCUCAAAGGACACUUAAUUCGACAUCAGAAUAACAAAAGGCAUCCCUUCUUUGUGAACUGCCCUAGGUAGGACUCUUGGGACUUGUGUAAAGACAACUGUAUUAUGGAGAUAAGAAAUAAAGCAACUAAGUAACUGGA